AUGAACCAGCAGCGAUCCCGAAGAUUUCGAUCUGCGCAAGACGCACAGGAAAAGGAAGAGAACAAGAAGGAGCUGUUGAAGCUCGUCAAACAACAAAAUGGCGGGGUGCUGCCACCGGAACACAUAGAGAGUGUCUCCAAAAAGGUUUUUGACAACAAUUCCAUAACACCAGGCACUCCUUUUAUGGAUAUAUUAGCCGUGAGCUUGCGGUAUUGGUGUCAAUACAAACUGAACACUGAUCCAGCAUGGGCUAAAAUGAAGGUCCUGAUUUCUGAUGCAACAGUUCCUGGGGAAGGUGAGCAUAAGAUCAUGUCAUUUAUUCGAUCCCAAAGAGCUUCACCGGACCAUGACCCAAACACCCGCCACGUUAUCUACGGGUUGGAUGCCGACCUGAUUAUGCUAGGUCUGGCAACCCAUGAACCGCAUUUCCGAGUUCUUCGGGAGGAUGUGUUUUUCCAGGAAGGCAGGGCCAGAAUGUGCCAACUGUGUGGACAAAAGGGACAUGAUGCGCGCAAUUGUCGAGGCGAGGCAAAGGAAAAGCCCGGCAAUGUCGACGACAAACCCGAUCGCGGUACUCUGAAGCCAUUUAUCUGGCUCCACGUCUCAAUAUUACGAGAAUAUCUCGCGGCUGAAUUAGCUGUUCCUGGAUUACCAUUUCGGUUCGACCUGGAGCGAGCUAUUGACGACUGGGUUUUCAUGUGUUGCUUCGUCGGAAAUGACUUCCUUCCACAUUUACCAGCAUUAGAGAUUCGAGAACAUGGCAUUGAUACGCUCACAACUAUCUGGAGAAGCAACUUGCCAUCCAUGGGGGGCUACGUCACAAAAGACGGACACAUAGAUUUAGAAAGAGCACAGCGGAUAUUGGAUGGCCUCGCCAAGCAAGAAGACGCGAUUUUCAAGCGUCGGAAAGAGCAGGAAGAGCGCAGAGAAGCGAACGCCAAGCGAAGAAAAUUGCAAAACGACAAUAGUUCGCAUCGUGGGAACCAUCGACCGCCUAUUGAAGAUCGCAAGGGUGGCCACCAUGAUCCAUCUCAGGGGCUACCUCUUUAUCCAAUCUCCUCCUAUCCGAAAGAUCCUCCUCUGGCUAUCACGCAUGACAUGGUGGUGAAUAAGACCUCUGGACAGGACGCCAGCAUUGCCAACAAGAGUGCUGCAAGCGUCAUCAAGGACCAGCUGCGGGCGGCGAGGAAGAAAGAUGCCGCCUUGGCUGAACCGGCAGAGACCACACCGUCCAUAUUGGGAAAACGAAAGUCACCGCCACCGGCGACUCUGGAGGCGGGUGACGCAACCACUGACCCCAGCGCUGCGCAGUCCAGUAAAACAAACCUUGGUGUGCCAUCAGAGGGUCCAGUUGAUACAGUACGCUUGUGGGAAGAUGGAUACGCUGAUAGGUAUUAUCAGCAGAAAUUCAAUCGUGCUCCGGGCGAUGUAGCUUUUCGACAUGAAGUUGCACGAGCAUAUGUCGAGGGCCUGGCUUGGGUCCUGCUGUACUAUUUCCAGGGCUGCCCCUCCUGGGAAUGGUACUACCCAUAUCACUACGCACCGUUUGCUGCUGAUUUUAAAGACUUGGCAACUAAUGAGCGUUUUGCCCGCAGCUUCAAGACACGCUCUNUUCCCGAAGUGUUUCAUCCACUGAUGACCGAGGCCAAAAGCGAAAUUAUUGAUUUUUAUCCCCAAGACUUCGAAGUUGAUUUAAACGGGAAGAAGAUGGCCUGGCAAGGAGUUGCACUUCUGCCAUUCAUCGACAUGCCCAGGCUACUUGCUGCUGUCCAGAGCAAGUACCCCCUUCUAAGCUCCUCGGAGGCUGCAAGAAACGCAAUGGGGAGGGAUGUACUUCUCCUGUCGGACAGCAACGGCUCCAUGUAUGACGAUAUUUUGACCAAAUUCUACUCUAAACGACAGGAAUCCACCAAAUUCAGACUGAAUCCAAAAGCCAGUGGCGGUUUAGCAGGGAAAGUUGAGAAGCAGGAUGACUAUGUCCCACAUGGUGCACUUCAAUAUCCGUUGCAGAGACGUGCGAUUGUUUACUUCGAUAUGCUACAGACCAAUCAGGCACACAAGUCAAUGCUGCUACGGGGAGUAAAUCUUCCAACUCCUGUGCUUACCCCAAGCGAUGUAGAAGUCAUUCAAGGGAAAAAACGACGCGAUCAGCGGGGGCCGGGAUAUAGCAACUACGGUGGGGGGCAUCACAAUGGGCCGAGACGCGGCGGGCCUGUCAAUUAUGGACAACGAAACCCAACCUGGCACCCACCGCCACCUGGCGGCCCUGGCUUUGGGGUUGGGAUUCCCCCUCCUCCGCCAACGUACAGUGCACACAGGAAUGGGCGAGGUUACAAUAAUGGUGGUCAUAGGUGGUAG